ACUGCACAUACAUGGACAGCCCGACCGCGAGAUAGGGACCAACCACACGAAACCAUCGAUCCCCUUUUCGUCCACCGCCGGAAUCGCCAGCCGCCGCGUCGAUCGCCAUGGCCGACUGCGAUUACAACUACGACAACAACUCUCCCCCCCAUCCCCACCGCCGGCCGACGGCCUCCCCGAUCACCUGAAGGAUGCUAGCCUCUCCGAUAUCUUCCUUUAUCUACGCAGCAGAGCCAACUCCGGGCCGGCCGACGACUACUCCCGCCAAGGCCAGCACCAGCAGCAGAUGUAUAUGACUAACAUCAACAUGGAUCCUCGGAAGCUACCAGACGGUAGUACUCGCACAUAUGGGAUUGUUUCCGACAGGCCUCUUUGUCACAAGCGUUGGAGCAAUCGCAGUAGUCGACCAUCCCUGGCGCCGCAUGACGACGAUGACGAAGGGGCCAAGAUGCUCGACAGCCUCGAGGAUGACGGAUUCUACCACCGUUUUAGCAAGCGUGGUCGUCAACGAUCUCCGGUGCUGCUUCACGACGAUGAAAAAGGGGGCACCAAGGUUGUAUGCCUGACCAAGAUGCUCUCCCCGAGCGACCGCCUUGAGGACGACAGAUUCUACCAGCACUUUCUGGAGAAUGUCACGGAAGAGGCACGCAAGUACGGCGACCUAGUGAAGGUGGUGAUCCCGCAGCCUGGACCUGGCAUCGAAGGCAGCGGGGCUGCUUCCGUGGUGGCCGGAGUCGGGAAAGUGUUUCUGGAGUACACGCACCUCGCCGACGCAGCCUGGUGCAGGAGGUGGUUGGAUGGGAUAUGGUAUGGCGGGAAGGUCAUCGCUGCUGCCUUCUUCCCUCAGGACAGGUUUGAUGUUGGGGACUAUGACUACAAUGGAUAAGAUUGUAGAUGGGUGGUAUAUGGUCAGAAAUCCAUAUAUUUGCUAGUUACUAUUACCUCUGUUCCUUAAUGUAAGAUGUUUUGGUAAACUAAAUUAGUUUGCCAAAUCGUCCUAUAUUAUGGAACGGAGGGAGUAGUAGUUAAUCUCUUAUCACUAGCGUCCAUAAUGCUAAAUGUAUCUUAAUUUGGAAGCACAUUGAUAAGAAGAUGAUGUUGCAAGUUCCAUAUUAUUAUAUAAUCGGUUGGAAGUUUGGUAUA